UCUACAAUAUCUCAACCUUGAUUCCACAAGUAUUGAGUUCUUCCCACAAACAGAGAAACCAAUGCAUGAGCCACUAGAAAUCAUCAUGCAAAAUGAUCGAAUUAAGGAUCUUCCAAGUUCCAUUAGUAAUCUAAUGGGACUUAGAAAAUUAUACAUACGAUUCAAAGGGCUUGUUCCUGGAGGCUUACCAAAGGAUCUAUUCAUGUUGCCAGAGAUGGUAUCUUUGUCUAUUUUCGAUUCUCCUAAUGUCGGAGAAUCAUUCAAAAGAUUCCUAAUAGAUAAACCAGGAUGCUAUUCAUAUUCUCCUUUGAGAUUGUUGAAUUGUAGUGCUUGUGGUUUAACCGAUGAAGAUCUUCACGCUAUUCUAUGUUGUUCUCGCAACUUGGAAGAGUUAUAUGUACCUUGGAAUGAAUUUGUGUGCCUCCCAACCAUCAUUAAGGAAUCUUCUAAAUUGAGAUAUCUUUGUGUAACUAAGUGCAAGAAGCUUUCGGAAAUACCAGAAUUGCCAUCAAGUAUAAAAAAUGUAGAAGCAAAAGAUUGCCCGAUCUUGUCUUCAAAAGCAUCUGAGUUGUUAUGGUCUCAGGCUUUAAAGGAAGUAUACAGGCUAGAAAUCAUAAUGCCAAAAAUAACAAUGAUUCCAAUUUGGUUUGACCACUGUAAUGAAGGGGGAGUUGUGUCAUUUUGGGCUCGUCAAAAGUUUCCUGUUCUUGCUGUAGCGUUUAUCUUGAAGGAGAAAGCAUCCAUGGGCUCCGCAAAUUUGUACAUUAAUGGUUGCAACGCUCGUCAGUUUAUUAGUAAUAAUUAUUAUUGCCCUUACGUUAAUGCAGAGCAUGUGUUGCUAUUUGACCUACGCAGUUUGUUUAAGGAUGAUGAGGAGUGGAGAAUCCUCGAUACCUUUCUAAUCUAUGAAUGGAACUAUGUGGAGGUUAAAUAUGAAUGUGACAAUUUGCUUUUAAAUGAUGUGGUUGGAAUGUCUAAUGUAAGUCACUGUGGAGCUUAUGUGUACAAGGGACAAUCAAACAUGGAGGAUAUUCAAUUUCAGUGUCCUUAUUCAACAAUGUAGGGAACAAUAAGAUCAGUAAUCCCCAGAUGAUGAAGCCUUUGGUGAGGACAUGAGCUGAGGAGACCAUAAUUGCCAUAGAUUUGAGAUUCAUUUAAAGUUUUGCUGAUGGCUAGUUGAUUUC